GUUUACAUUUCAAAUCAGUUCAGAGUUAACAUCUAAACUUAACACGGUAGUUCAAUUUAGUCGUGAGGCAAAUCAAAAUAAUCAAAAGGAAAAUGUUGAAAAUUAUCAUUCUCUGUGUCUCUGUCAUUAGCGUUGUCAAGGCUCGUCCUGGCUAUUUGCCCACUGCCGUUGCAGUGCCCACCUAUCAACAUUAUGCCUAUGAACCCACUGUAGUGGGUCACACUGUAACCCAUUUGCCAACGGCCAUUUCACAUCAGAGUCAAACAAUUGUACAUGAAAAACGUCCCUACCUCAAGCCCAUUGUAGGUUAUCAACCAGCCGAAGCUUAUGUUAAAGCACAUUAUCUACCAGCCUCCACAAAAUAUGUAGCAGCUGCACCUUUAGCUUAUGCUCCUGUAACAUAUACAACUGAUCUGUAUCCAACAGGUUGGGAUACAGGUUUGACAUACAGCAAAGGCUGGAAUGGUUGGCCUCUUAAGUAAAUAGAUAAGUGCAAGCAAGCAAAGAUUAAAGAAUUGUAUAUUGUUAAACUCUAAAAAAAACCUAUGAAAUAUAUAAAUAAUAAAAACAAACUAAAAAUAAAUAAAUAAAAAAACUUAAAAAUUUUAA